AUGACUACCAAUACCAAUUCCAAUGCUACUACUACCACCAUUCCUCGAAUUGAUUCAUCCAGUCCAUUAUACAUGCAUCCAUCUGAUAAUCCGGGUGCAAUGCUUGUAUCAAAUCUGUUUGAUGGAGUUGGUUACAGAUCUUGGAGAAGAGGUGUACUGCGUUCUUUAUCAGUAAAGAACAAACUUGGAUUUAUUAAUGGCGAGUGUGAGAAGCCAGCCAGUAGUUCCCCAAAUUUUCGUUUAUGGGAAAGGUGUGACAAUAUGGUCACAUCCUGGAUUUUGAACUCUUUAGGCAAAGAGAUUGCUGAUAGUGUUGAAUAUGUGAAUGAUGCAGCUGAACUCUGGAGGGAGUUAGAAGAUAGAUAUGAUCAAACCAAUGGUGCGAAGCUAUAUCAAAUUCAAAAGGAAAUCAAUGAUAUGUCACAGGGAGUUUCUGACAUUACUGGUUACUAUACAAAAAUGAAGAAAUUGUGGGAAGAGUUGAGUAGUUUAAAUGUGAAAACACAAUGUAAUUGUGCUUGUAGUUGUGGUGCAAAGGAGAGUGUACACAAGGCAGAACAGGACAGGAGACUUAUACAAUUUUUAAUGGGGUUAAAUGAAGCAUACACUGCAGUACGAGGCAGUAUUUUGAUGAUGAAUCCAUUACCUUCCUUGCCACAAGCUUUUUCACUGCUUGUCCAAGAUGAAAGACAAAGAGAGAUUAAACCUGGUAAUCAGUUAAGCAUUGCCUCCACAUCUCUUAAUGCUGGUGUUUCAAGAUUUAGGGGAUAUAAUGCAAAUAAUGAUACUGGUUCUAAAUCAAAUUAUGAUGGUGGAAGUGGUUUUAGAACCAAUUAUUCACCACAGGCUGGUCAAUCUUCUCACAAAUACAGAGUUAUAUGUGAUUUCUGUAAGAAAGCAGGUCACAUUAAAGAAAAGUGCUACAAGCUUCAUGGUUACCCCCAAAACAAUCAGAACUAUCAGAAUGAAAGGAACCAAAGGAACAACAACAACAAUUCUGAUUGGAAAAGUAAGAAAGUAGUACAUGCUCAAGGACCUUCUGCAAANGCUUCACAUUGA